UAAUAAUAAAAAAUUAAAUCUAGGUACACGGAUACAUCGAUGUGAGAUAUAAUAUUUUUUAAAUAUAUCAAAGAUAUCGAAUAAUCGAAUGAAAAGAAGCGGACGUGGAUCCGCUUAAAAGGAAAGAAACGGUUUUGCUCCGUGGCAACGACGUAACUUAACCAUUAAUGGAAUUUCUGAACCGGACCCAAAACGGAAGUGCGUUCCUCGACCAAGCGCAUCGCGGCACGUGCAGCGCACCGAUGCAAUGCAUCAAUUGCAUAACCUUUUCGAAUAACUCGUAACCGAGUCACCGCGUGGUGGAAUAUCAAUUAACAGACAGGGAUCGGCGAGAAGAAAACGCGUCCAACCACGACUUGUGGUUUCUGAUCACGCGAUCCUUGGCUUGUAGCCAGAUUAUAACCUGAGUUACGUGUGUUCCUUACUUUUAAUAAUCGAGAAAGAAAUUUACUACGUGAUAUAUACGAGUUCAAAAUUUACAUUGAAAUUGCAUUAUCAUGAACACAUGAACGAUUAUAUCGAAGUUUCAUAUUUUAGUUUUAACUGUGUUGUUUUUUUCGGAUGAAUUUAUUUAUAGCGAAUUUUAUAGAGUUUUAGGUUAGGAGAAUUUGAAUUGGAAGAGAUCUUAAUCUUAAGCGAAAUUAAUGGAUAAAGUUGUCGAUAAUGAUUGUAAUUAUAAUAUCUAUCGAAGUUCGAUAGAAAUUACGGUGUUUUAAACUGACAUGAAUUUUAGGUUAGAAGAAGUUGAAUCGAUAGAUUAAUCAAGCGAAACUGAUAGACUGAUAAAAUUGUCGAUGAUAAUCGUAAUUAUAAUCGUAUCGAAGUUCGAUAGAAAUUUUAAUUAUAUAAUUUUGAUACGUAUAAUGGAUGUAGAAUUUUAGGUUAGGAGAACUUGAACUAAUAGAUUAAUCAAGUGAAACUAAUAGAUCGAUAAUUUCCGUUUUAAUUGAAAUAGUGUAACAAGAGUGCAAUAAUACAAAUUGGGUCAAGAGAAAUCUGAAGAAAAGAACGAUGAAGUAGAAAUCUUUUUCUUGGAUUUCGACUUAUGUUUUAAUAUCGAAUAAGUGAAAAAAAGAUUGAGUCUUAAUGAAUAAAAAUGUGAGACAUCCUCACGAAGAUCUUCUACUAGGAAAAAUAAACACGAUAUCCGGAAAAUGUUAUGAAUAUUGACCGAGUGAAAGCAAGUGAAAACCAGCAUCACGGUUUUCUGAUCACGUAUAUCGGUGGAGAGGCCUCGAUUGGAUGGAUGGUGAGGACAGUCGGGGAAAAAGCAAUUAAUCUUACCGGAGAGAGGCGCGUAGACCGGAUAUGGGGCGACGUAAUCCGGUACCUCGUCCUCGUAGAUUGGCUGAUGAUAGUAGCAACUAUUGUUCGUCGACCUGGCUGGUCCACAAUACAACUCUUCCACGAAAGCAGGUGCGUCGUAGCCAGGUUCUCUCACCGACGGCGUAUACCUGCAACCAGAACUUCGAAUGCAUCGUCGUUUGCCAACACAAAUCAAAGAAAAUUGGCCAAGAGUCCCAUGUCAAGUCUGAUGGUUGAAAUUUGCUCGUGACCACUCACCAAUAUUCGGAGUGGGCACGUGCGUCUUGGGACAGCCGAUAAGCCGAUCGCCGACGAUGCCGAGGAGGAACCUGUUGCGCUACGCCAGCCACGCUGUGUCGACGAAGGUACGCGUAAUUCUCGAGAUCCCACGGAU